AUGAAAUUCUUCUCACUUCUAAUUUCUUCAUUUGCCAUCAUCCAAAUGGCAAUGGCUGGAGACCCAGACAUCCUCACUGAUUUUAUAGUCCUCCCAAAUGUCACCAACGUUGAUGGGAAUUUCUUCACAUUCACUGGCUUGCGUGACCUUUUCAAGGGAGGCCCUUCCACAACCCUCAAAGUCUCGAAAGUAAUCUUGGCCGAGUUCUCUACUCUCAAUGGGCAGAGUGUUUCUUAUGCUGUCCUUGGAUACCCGGCUGGCACAACUAGCCCACCCCACGUUCAUCCUCGUGCUUCUGAGCUUCUUUUCGUGGUUGAAGGUACCCUUCAAGUCGGGUUUGUUGAUACAACCAACAAGCUCUUUACUCAGACACUACAAAUGGGUGAUAUCUUUGUGUUCCCAAAGGGACUUGUGCACUUCCAGUACAAUGCUGAUGCACAAAUACCUGUUGUAGCGAUUUCAGCAUUUGGGAGUGCAAAUGCUGGAACCGUUUCAAUUCCCAUCACUUUGUUCACUACUGGCAUUGACGAUGUUGUCUUGGCUAAAUCCUUCAAGACCAAUACUACCACCAUAGAAGCUCUUAAGUCUGGUCUUGCUCCUCCCAUGCCUUGAGGAUAGCAUUCAUUAAGA